AUGACUGAUGCUAGUGUGUGACCGCGCUCAGUUUGAGGUCAUUGAAAAUUCCCAAAGACAAGAUUACUUUUUAGUCCAGUUUUAAACUCCUUAUAGUAAAACGAGGCAGAGAGUGUUUAAUUGGAUUAUUACUAGUUACAGUUAACCAACCUAAAUUGUUUAAAAUGAGACUGGGAGAAAGUGAAGGGCGUGCGCUCCGCGUCGCUGUAAAUCUGCGCAUGCGCAGUCCGCGUUAGCGAAUGCUGUAGAGAAAACAACGGUAGCUGCUGCUAGAAGCUAACCAGAGAGAAGAGGCACGGAGGUAGACCUACAUCUUUCAGGUCCUCUGCUUUACCAACAUUUAAUUGCUUCCCGUUUGCUUGGCUCCUACGGAUACGAAUUCGGCGGUGACACUGUAGGAUGCAGUGACGCUCUGACUGGUGGAUGUUCACAGACUGUCUUUGCACAGUGUUCACUGGAGCUGGUCUGUCAGGAGAAGAAGACAGCGUCAGCAGCGUACGUCCCUGUGAGCCGGAGUCUGUGUUCGAUCGGUGAUCUCCUGCCAAGGAGACAGCAGCUGCUGCACACCUUUCACCUGAACCCCCUCCCUCCCCACUGCCAACAUGGUGCUGUCACAGAGACAACGGGAUGAACUAAAUAGAGCGAUAGCUGAUUACCUUCGUUCCAAUGGCUAUGAAGAGGCGUAUUCAGUUUUCAAGAAGGAGGCAGAAUUAGACAUGAAUGAAGAAUUGGAUAAGAAGUAUGCUGGCCUUUUGGAAAAGAAAUGGACUUCAGUCAUCAGAUUACAGAAGAAGGUAAUGGAGUUGGAAUCAAAGUUGAAUGAAGCAAAAGAGGAGAUCACUUUAGGAGGACCUAUAGGACAGAAACGAGACCCCAAAGAAUGGAUCCCCCGCCCCCCUGAGAGAUAUGCCCUCAGUGGCCACAGGAGUCCUGUCACCAAGGUUAUCUUCCACCCAGUCUUCAGUGUCAUGGUGUCUGCCUCAGAGGAUGCCACAAUAAAGGUAUGGGAUUAUGAGACCGGAGACUUUGAACGUACUUUGAAAGGCCAUACAGACUCUGUGCAGGACAUCUCCUUUGACCAGACUGGAAAGCUACUGGCUUCCUGCUCAGCAGACAUGACUAUUAAACUCUGGGACUUCCAAGGCUUUGAGUGCAUCAGGACCAUGCAUGGGCAUGACCAUAAUGUUUCGUCUGUAGCUAUAAUGCCCAAUGGAGAUCAUAUAGUAUCUGCUUCUAGGGAUAAAACCAUUAAAAUGUGGGAAGUGGCCACUGGGUACUGUGUGAAGACGUUUACUGGCCACAGAGAAUGGGUGCGUAUGGUACGGCCCAACCAGGACGGGUCUCUGAUUGCAAGUUGCUCUAAUGAUCAAACGGUGCGUGUGUGGGUGGUGGCUACGAAGGAGUGCAAGGCCGAACUGAGGGAACACGAGCAUGUAGUGGAGUGCAUCUCAUGGGCUCCUGAAAGUGCCAGCCCCACUAUACUGGAGGCCACUGGCUCUGAGACUAAGAAGAGUGGAAAACCUGGACCUUUCCUUCUGUCUGGCUCUAGAGACAAAACUAUCAAAAUGUGGGAUGUCAGCAUUGGCAUGUGCCUUAUGACACUGGUUGGCCAUGAUAACUGGGUGCGUGGUAUGCUCUUCCACCCUGGUGGAAAGUUCAUUGUGAGCUGUGCUGAUGACAAGACUUUGAGGAUCUGGGACUACAAAAACAAGCGCUGCAUGAAAACCUUGAGUGCCCAUGAACAUUUUGUUACUUCUCUGGAUUUUCACAAGACUGCUCCAUAUGUGGUCACUGGGAGUGUAGAUCAGGCACUAAAAGUGUGGGAGUGUCGCUGAUGAGUGUCACUGCAGGACCUCAUGGUUACCACGCCCCUUUCACCCCGGACCCAUUUCACUCUCCCUUCUCCGUCUCACCUGGAUGCACUCGAACGCCAUGGUUAUGACUCACCUAGCUCUGGUUGAAUAACUAUUGUCCUUUUAUGUAAAUUAUUCUGGAUGUCAAGCUAUUAAAUGUUACACACACAAAAAAAGUAUUCUUGCAUGGUAAAUCCAAAAUUGUAUACUGUAAAUUUGCAUAAUGUUGUCUAGAAGUACCAUAGGUUUAACCCAGGCUGAACUUUGACUCAGCCUUACCUGCUGAAGGCUUCAACUGAUUGGGUUAAUUUAGGGCACUAUUCUGAUAAUUUAAUGACUGUGUCGUUCUUAUUUCUGUCUUUUGUUCGUUUUUGUUUUGUUAGGUCUCUUUUUUUUAUUUUUAAAGUUGGGUUUUUCCUUUUUUUUUUUUUCUUUUUUUUGUCGCUGUCGUAAACUGUUAGUGCCUAGCUUGGUGACAUUUUGAUGGGGGAAAAGACAACAAAAAGGAAUUCCUAUAAUCCUCGGAUGGAGACUUGUCUAUAGGGUUUAUCAGAAUAAUCUGUAGCUUUGUAUCCUCAUUCUGAAGUAUGCUUACCAUUCUCUUAUUGUGGAACUAGAUCAAAUUUUUUUUAACAGCUGCAUAUAAGAAUGAUUCAAACCAUUCUCUUGAGACAUUGGGGAAUAAAUCUUUGUACACUUGUCAUGAAACGUCCUACUGAGAGUACCCCGAGAUACAGCUGAACCUUUUUGAGAUUUGAGAGCUGAACCUUGUUGAAAUUUCUUCUGCAUCCACUGCAUAAGGAGCAGCAAAGCCAUGUACAUAGAUUUUUGACCCCUUGUUGGUUUUUGUCCUCAAACACUUCAGAAUUAACAAGCACCAAAAAUGUCUGUCUGUGAAGCACUUGAAUUGGCCACCGGUGCUCUGACAAUGUAGUGCUAGUUUGAAGUUAUACUAAAAUGAUUUCAAUUAAUCUUCUACUCAGUUAGUGUGUUCUUGGGUUGUAUCUGUGUCUACUUGCCAAGAAUCAUGUGGAUUUAAUGUUAAAUUGUCUUGUUGGGAGAUAUAAGAUAUAUGCAGAGCAGGUGUUCCUGUACAAUGCAGAAGUUACUUACCCCCCACCGUUUGGACACAGAAUAUGAACACAUGACUUGGGCUCAAAGAGUUUCCCAGUGUUUGGUAGGGGAUGUGCAAAGAUGUGAUCUGUAUUUAAAUACGUGGAAUUAUUGCAGCGUCCCUGAUAUCAGUAUAAGUUUGCCUCUGUUGGAAGCUCUACACUGACUGACAGAUUAGUGGGGAUUUACCCUAAGGAAUCAAAUGAGCAUGUUAGCAUAACAGCAUUUAUGCUCGUCUGCCUGAUGUUUCUAUGGAAAGGCUUGUUGAUGGUUCCUGUUGUAAAGUGGUUUUCAUAUGCACAGCAGCUCUCCCUCAAUGUGGCAUGAUCAGCCCACGGAGGAGCAGAGUGCAGGUGACACUGCAAACACGCCACGACAGGAAUGUGCCACAAAUUCAUUACUAAUGUCUUAUGAGCAGCACAUUCUCUCCUGUUCAUCUUGCAGUAUGUGUGGGUCGAUGUAAAACAUGGACACUGGGAUUUGUUAAAUACAUUUCCCAAAGUGGACGCAAACCAUUCCACAUGUUAAAAAAAAAAAAAAAAAGAAAAGAAAUAAACCUGCCUUUGUUUUUGGCAGUAAAGUAAAAAACGUUUAAAAAGAAGGAAAAAAAAAAUCUAACUUGCACAUCCCCACUCUUAGAUCUUUAGUCCUUUCAGACUAAAGGUGUAAGCAAUAAGAUUUAUUAAUACGUGCAUAAACCAAUAUCAUUUUAAUUUACCCUUUUUCAUUACAAUUCAAUUAUAUAAUAAAGAAAUCCACUGCUUAACCAGUCUGUUAUCUAGCGAUUUCCUGUUGUGUACUGGACAUACCUGCUGCUGCUGCUGCAAAUCUGAUUUUUGAGUAGUCUGAGAUUUACACCUGUCAAUAUUGCACUGCUGCAUGUAACAGUGCUGAUGGUUGAGCUGCCUGGUGGGGGUUUGUGCUGGUCUGCACAUCACUGAAUUUACUAAUCUCAAACCGUCCUGCAGUGAGAAUUUGACGGCUUCCAGUGUAAAUGGAAGUAAGCCUAUAUCUGUAAGUAUUAUAAUUAAAGGAGAAUUUGUUUAUUAUAUAGUGCUGUUAACAUUUGAAGGACUGUAAACACAAACACCCUGCCAGAUAGAUCAGCUGGCAUGCUAACUGUGAAGAGUUCAGUAUGUGGUUGUAGGCAGCCUGAUCUGUUUGUGCUCCAAUCCUCUGUAUUUCCUUUGUGAGGGGAUUGCAGCAGACUGAGGGAGUGCACACCCUGUACAUACACUUCUGAUGCCUCCUUUAAAAAAAAUAAAUAAAUAAGAGAGAGAAGUGUGGGCAUGGUACAGAUGUAGAUAUUGUACCUUUUGUGUUGUAGCUGAGUGAUUGAGAGAGCAGAAAGGUGUCCCUAGAGUAGCUGAACAUUUUUAUGACUCAAAAAAGGAUAAAAGUACACCAAAUGGUGUACUACAUCAACUGGCAAGAAAGCCUAAACCAAAAAAAAAAAAGAUAUUUGAAGGGAGCGUUUAUAUUCAACUUGAUUUCUGACGGAAUCUCUAGCUAGCUUUUUUAAUACCCUUGGGUACCUUUGGAAAUAAUCUAGCUAGACCACCCAAAUUGGUAUUUUUGUUAUUGAAGUAAAUGCUCUACAAAAGAAUCCAUCCUUAAACAUGCUGAUCCCUCUGGAUUGGCAGACUUGAACCUGAAAAGUCUAAACUAAAACAAGACAACAUGAAAAAUGGACUUUGAAACUUACAUCCUUGUCCCACCAUGGAAAGGUAAAGAUUACACCGUUCCUGGACACAUUCCUUAUAGUGUGAAAGCUUGCUAUGUGGGCAUCAAGAGUUCUGCGUGCGCGAAGGGAUUAAUAUUUGCUAUUCGCCGGGUCCCAAGCAACCCCACUGCUGCACUCGCUGAACGGACUAAUGUACAGAAUAUUUGUAGAUUCCUUCUCCUCCAACUACGAGUUCAUCGGCCAGCUCUGCUUGCUUUGUAAAUAGAGCAGAGGCUUCAUUCUUCACAGCUCUAAUGGGACUUUUGCUUUCAUGGUAUCACUUCACACAGCCAACUGUUAACAAUGUAUCUGAAUGCCAUUAUUGUUUGCAAAAUAAUUAAAGAAAAAAAAGCAAAUGGUGUCAUUCUA